GUAUAUUUGUUGGAGGGUUGUCGUGGGACGUCACCGAACGACAGCUGGAAAACACUUUCAGCCGUUUCGGCAAAAUUAUUGAAUCUCAGAUUUGAGUGUGAGAAAUUUUUGGUCAGAUUGAUGCAUCGAGUUGCUGAAGCUCAAUGUCAUUUGUGUGAUUUUAUAACAUUCAGAUGGUUGUUUUGAGAUUCUCAAGCCAGGAAGUAUUCACAUAAACAGAUGGUGUCUGGGUAUGUGGAGUCUGGUUCACAGAAGGCAGCUAGAUUUAGAUGCCUGGUGUUUGUGGAAUCUGCUAUUUCGUGGAAAGAGUUAUCAUUGAUGAAAUGAGAUGGUUUUCGGGUUCACAAUAAAAGCCUAAUCAUAAGUUUGGAAUGUGAUCCAAUGUUGUGAAAAAGGUUGAAUAAUCAAUGGGUCACACGAUUUAGAAAAAUUUGAGAAGCUUUCUUUGUAGGGAAAUUUACUGGUUUUUACAGCUCACAGAUGUGCUGUUUGGAUUAUCUAAGGAAUUGAAGAGUCUAAACCGAUCUGCAUUUGAUCAGAUGAUAUCAUUGUUCAUUUACUUGACGAAUUUAUUUUGUUUAUUAUUUUAAAUGAAACCUUGCUAGUGUUUCAAGCAGAAUUCUAAUUUUGUAUUGUCCGACUGAAACAUGGUGGUAAAGGUUUUGCAUGUUGGUUAUGCGAGAAAAACUAUUAAGCUUGAUGGUGAAUCCUUGUUGGUGUUCUAUGGACGUGGGGGUAAAUGCUGGUCUAAUUUCAUGUGAUUUCCCUUCUCACAGAAUCCUGAGAGUUCAUCUAGUGCUGUUAAAGUAUCAUUUUAUAUGGUGCGGUCUCUUCUUAAAGGCUGCUGCAUAGUAACGUUUGUUGAUUUAACAAGUACUCUUUAGGUUGACUUGCAGAAACGGUGCUUGUUCUUCAAGUAAAAGAGUCUGCAUGAAUCCGGUUUGAUUUUGUGUGUUUUGUUUUUGCGCAAGAAAGCACAUCGAUAAUGGUCUCAAGAUUGAAGAAAGUUUAGAUGACUGGUUCUUCAUCUCCAAGGCUCCUGCUUUUCUGUCUCCUAGAGAUUUUGUUUCUUUGAAGUUGUCAAAAUGAUCAAGCUAGUACUGCUGGCUAUAGUUGGUAAAUAUGAUCAGGAAAAGUUUUGUUACUGCUUCCAGAGUGUGGAUACGGUUGCUUGGAUCAUACCUUUUCCUCUUAACAUUCUAAACCAGCUUAAGUAACUUCAAAUCAUCUGUAGAGGCUUAAACUGCAUUUCUGCUUUCUGGCCAUCUCAUUUCAGAUUGUGAUAUUCAGGAAACUUUAGGAUGAACCAAUUCAGGGAAAUUUUUUUUAUUCAUCCACAUUUACUUGUGUCUGUUGGAAACCUCAGGUGCCAGAAACUGUAUUAAUGUCAGACUGUGAUGGAAAUUUUAUCCAACUCUACAAUUUUGGAGAACUAUAUUCUGCAAGGCCGAGGGCAGAAAUAUUACUGUAUCAACAACACUAAUUUAAUAUUUUUAUUACAUUUUGAAUUUUGGUGCUUAGAAGUUGGAUCAUUACCUUGAGAACUUUAAAGAAAAGUUAUGGUGGAAGAGACUUUCUUUUCGCUAACUAAAACUCUGAAUUGUUAGAAUAUUGGAUUCAGAGACUGGAUAUUUUAUGCUGGUAUCUGGUCAAACUCUUUCAUCCCCUACUUUCUAUCUUUCUAGAUUAUUCUCUGUGGCAUGCUUUUUGGUAGUACUUCAUAAUAGAUGGGCUCUGGCUUGAAAAUUUUCCGUUUUAGCUUAUAUCUCAGAGGAUGAAUUUCACCUAUAUAGGAUGCAUAUCAGCCAAGUUUUUUUGUUGGAUGGAAUUGCCUUGAUUAUGAAUCAGUCUGCUGGUCUGACCAAAUGUAUGGACAAACUUAUCAUUUCAUGAUUAGAUGUGAAGCCAAUUCCUACUGUGCUGACUGGGUCAAUGAGUCCCUGAAGGAGACAGAAAAAGUAAAAAUCUUGAACUUUGUGAAGAUUGAUUUCACAUGAUCUUCCCCAUUUGGUCUUCUCUGCUUGGUUGCUGAGCUGCCCAACUGCAAGAUAUAUCCUGUCUGGGUUCCAAUAUGUCUUGAUUAUGUUGGAAAGAGAUACAGGCCGGCCACGUGGAUUUGGGUUUAUUACCUAUGCAGACCGUAGGGGAAUGGAAGAUGCAAUCAGAGAGAUGCAUGGACGGGAUUUUGGUGAUCGGAUCAUUUCAGUGAACAAGGCCCAACCCAAAAUGGGGGAGGAUCCAGACCAUGGCUACAAUGGAGGUUACUCAUCAGGUGGCAGGGGAAGCUAUGGGGGAGGAGAUAGAUCUGCAGGCCAAGAUGACUGCUUCAAGUGUGGUCGCCCUGGGCAUUGGGCAAGGGACUGCCCUUCAUCAGGUGGUGGCCGAGGUAGAGGUGGUGCUCCGUUUCCUUCACGUUCUAGGUUUAGUGGUGGUCGUGGGGACCGCUUUGGCGGGGAACGGGAUCGGUACAUGGAGGAUCGUUAUGAUGGGGGACGCUAUGGAGAUAGAGAUCGUUUUGAGAGCAGAGACAACAAAUAUGGCACCCGUGAUCGCUAUGUCAAUGACAGGUAUGCACCCAGUGGAGAUCGAUUCUCAGGCGAUAGGUAUGGUGGUUCAGAUCGUUACCCUCAAAAUGGUUAUGGCAAAGACAGAGGCUAUGAUCGGGAUGCUGCCCCAAGAGGGGGUGGGGACAGGUAUGCAGGUGGGGGUUCAGCACGUAAUGAGGGUAGGAGCUACAGGAACAGGCCAGGUCCUUAUGACCGCCCUAACAGGGGAGGGCGCCCCUCAUCAUUCGACCGCUAUUAGACAUUCGAAGACUGCUUUGUGUUAACAAGAAACUUCUUGACAUAAGUAUAUGCUAGGUACCCUGUUUUUGGAUGUCUGUUUAUGUAGGAUGAUGCAGUUGUAACGAGCAGCAGGAUUGAUAGUUGCAGUCUUGAUUUAUUAUUGCCAGUUUGCUCCCUUUUUCCUGGUUGACAUCCAAUGGAUCCUUCAAAUUUACAUGGAGCAAUGGAAAGGGAAAUUGGGAAUCUUCAAA